AUGGAAGUAAUCGAGUUCAUAGAGCAUACAAAUUUGCGUAAUUUAAAAUUCAACAUUAAGUCUAUGGUUCAAGCGAGUUUACGGCGAAUUAACGAGGAGCUGGAAGAGAGAAGGCUGAUGCUACGACACAUGUUGGAAUCCGAACAUCUGACGUACUCUGAGGAACUGGCUUUGCUCACAAAGCAACGAAUCGAGGAAGCGGCCAGAAAACGGCACGAAUGGUUUGGAAUUCAAAGAAUGGAACGAGAGCUGGAAACGGAAAAGUUCUUGAAACUUAAGAAACUACAAAGAGAAAUGGAAAGCUGUGAGAAAGCGAGACACUUGGAAAGCAAAACAUUGCUGCUGGAUAGCAAACGAGCGCAGCUCUAUCAAAUCGAGGAGAAGGAAGUAAUGCGUCAAAAAGAAAAGCAAAUUAAACAAAUGUGGUUGGAUGUCCAACGACGAUUUAAUGAAGAGAUGCUGGAGCAAGAUAAUCUGGAACGAAAGCUUCUCAAAGUAAUUGCGAAAUCCAACCAGGAAAUGAAUUCAAGGAAUGACGAAUGCCAGAAGGAAAUAAAUAAAAUUAAUGAUAAAGCUGCGCGCAACGAGUUUGCUAAAGAGGAUGCGAGUGCUUCGCUUAAAGACAAAUUGUAUAUGGAACGGCUAAAAGAGAUGGAGAAAAAUAAGGCGCUGAGUCAACAUAACGUGUUAACGGUCUUAUGGACAAUGAAAACUACUUCGGAACUAAAAAGGACAUAA